UUUGAUUGUAAGGAAAAUAACAUCAUCACGUUUUUUUGGGAAUAUAAUCAAAUCUGCUUGUUUGUGUUGCAGCCUUCCAGGGGUGCGGUGAGCCGGCUGAUGGAGAGCAUGGCGGCAGACGAAGACUUCGAACACAACCAAGACAGCAGCUUCAGCGAGGACGAACUCGUCCCAGCACGAAGCAGCAGCGUGUCAGAGAGUGCCUCGACUCCCGCUCCAGUGCAGUGUGUGCUGGAUAAGGACUCUCUGGUGGACGGACUCAGAGUAUUGAUCCCGAUGGACGACCAGCUACUGUACGCAGGACAUGUGAACACUGUACACUCCCCUGACAUAUACAGUGUGGUGGUGGAGGGGGAGCGAGGAAACCGACCGCACAUCUACUGCUUGGAACAACUACUCCAGGAGGCUAUCAUUGAUGUGAAGCCUCCAUCCGUGCGCUAUCUCCCUGAGGGCACCCGCAUCGCUGCCUACUGGAGCCAGCAGUACCGCUGUCUUUACCCCGGCACUGUUGUCAACGGAAGUUCAGACAUCGAUGAGAAUGACGAUCUCAUCACGGUGGAGUUUGACGAUGGCGACACGGGCCGCAUCCCUCUCUCACACAUCAGACUGCUGCCGCCAGACUACAAGAUCCACUGUGAGCAUGAAAUAUGCACACAACACAGUGUGAAAGGUUUAGCACCAGAGACACUCAGAUUAGUCUUGGAGAAGGAGAAGGGGGAGUCUGCACGCUCUCUCUGGCUCUCUUUGCACUUUUUCCCCACAGAGAGCUCCAUGAACUCAGACGGUCGGGAGAAAGCUGAUCCUCCACCUUCCUCCACCCAGCCAGUUGAAAGACCCCAGGCUCCAGCCAAGCCCGCCCAGGAGCGACCCUCCUCUGUCCAGAAACCAGCUCAGGAGAAACCCCGCCCUGCAUCCCGGCCAACACUGGGAACCCAAACAAAACCAGGCCGAAAGAGCUCCGCUACAUCCCCAACAAGCAGCCCUACGCUUUCCAGUCCAGUGCCCAGGAAGAGCAGUCCGGUGCAGCCUCCAGCUUCUAAAGCAGCUCGUUCUCUCCCUCCCUCGCUCUACCCCUCCACCUACGGUAAGGUCCUGACUGUGGAUCUGUACAGCGAGCCAAACCUCAGCUCGUACAACAGCCAGCGCAGAGAGAGGGAGAAUAACAGCAAUGUCAGUCCUACUGCAAACAGGCCAAUGUCUAGGCCCAGUAUAACUGCUUCAUCCACUGCAUCCAAGCCUGCUGCGUCAUCCACACCCAGACCUACUUCUAGUUCCUCGCCUAAAACCAAACCCUCCUCAGACCAUCACAGCAGCUCUAGACCCAGCCUAAGCUCGGGACUCAUGCCCAGCCCCAUUUCUAGGCUGUCAGCAGGCAAAGCCAGCUCUUCUCUGACUCCCAGACCUUCAUCAUCAUCUUCAAUAUCGUCAUCCUCGGCUUCCAGAACUAAAAUCAAGAUGCCGUCCGACCAGCUGUCGUCCAGGCCGAGCUCCAUCUCCAGGCCCAAGAGUAGUUCUGGGCAGGGUGAUGUGAGGCGGAAGUCUCUCUCCGCAGAGCCCCUCGUGAAGCUCGACCACGAAGGAGUCACCUCCCCUAAAACUAAGAAGACGAAGGCUCUGAUGUUGCUGGAAGGUCGUGAAGUUAGGCGAGACCACACCCCCAUUAGCACAGCCACAGCCAAUCAAAAGCUACUAAAGCCUAAAGUGAGAGCUCCGGGUAGUGAGACUGGUGUGCCAGACAAGGACUCAACCUACAAAGCUCCAAUGAUGGCUAAAGAGAAGGCAGACAGUCGUGGAGGUAGAGGACAGGAGGUGGACACAAGAGAGGAGAAAGGUAAAAAGGAGGAGAAAAAGGAGGUGGAGAAGAGGGAGGGAAGAAAGAUGCUUUGUGUCCUAAGUGUAAGAUUGCUUCCUCUGCAGAACUGGGAUCAGAUAUGCGGUCAGUCUUUACCAGCAGCUCUGCACUCUUCCAUCCAGAGGAAAGACUUUAUGGAGCGCGCCCUCUACCAGUCGUCUCACAGCGACGAGAACGACGUGCAGACGGUCAGCCACAAGUGCCUGGUGGUGAGCGUGGAGGAGUACGAGCAGAUGACCCACACUCGCCGCUACGCCGACAGCGAGGACCUCUACUACUUGGCCGGCACCUACGAACCCACCACGGGGAUGAUCUUCAACACCGAUGGAGUUCCAGUCAUCUGCUAAAAAGAAAAGAGAAACUCACUACGAGUUGAUAAAACCAAAUUGUGACCCGGCUUACUUUGGACCUCACUGGGAAGGAGUCAGUACCCAACCUGUCAAAUCACUGAUUUUCACUGGCGGUGGAUCUUUUCACAGACUCCAUGAACAGAACUGCUCUGAAACACUUUAAGUAAAACAAAAAAAAGCAAAAAGUUAAGAAGAAGACAGUCAUGAACAGCUACUACUACAGAAACUGGAGACACUAUGUAGACAGUAUUAGAAGAAACGCGUCUCUUGAAACAUUUGCACACACCAACGUCAUGAACACGCUUCUGUUUUCCUUGUUGUGUUCACGGGAAAGCUUUUCGAACACGCAUGAACACUUCGGUCUCCUUUUACAAGUAAAUGCACCCUGUCUAAAGAGACACACGUACGCUCACACGUGCACAAACACAAUGUAAAUACAGACGCCAUGUGACACAGUUAUAUAGAGGACAAUAAUGAGUGUUUUUAUUUUCAUCUAAUAGAUUUAUGUCCGAGUACUUUUUUCUAAAGAGGUAAACAGUCAAGAAGCUUUAAUGAACUGUGAAUGGAGAUGCAGGAGAUGCAGGCCUGUGUCAGUCUGUCCACCCCCAAACCUGCCCCCCGCCCACCCACACACGCUCCGGCUAAACGGACAGACGGACCCCGCUGGUGUGAUGUUGUGAUUAUGUUGCCGUGGUGAUGUUACAGUCAUGUUACAGUUAUAUAAAUGUAUCUACAGAACAGCAGGAGCGACAGACAAAGAGAGAAGGAGAUGCACAGAAAGAGAGAGGUAGACUCCUCCUUACCAGAGAGCACUUAAAGAAAACAAACACUUAAAAAU